AGUAGGUGGCUCUGGCAUGUGAGGCUUUGGAGUUUGUUUUAUGGUGUAGAGAAAGCAUUUGGCAACUAUACUUGUAAAAUGUCUUGAAAUGAGCUGGAAGUUGCAUCCUCUCUCCCUCCAGGGAGAGGGGCUGUGCUGCCCCCACUGCUCCUACCACAGCUAUGAGACAAACAAGGUUAAUGGGUUUAAAUCAAGGCUUCCCACUCGCUGGUUUAAAUCAUGAUUAAAGCUGGUGGUUUAAAUAAUUCAUUUAAGCUUUGUUUUGCAUUUGAUGCUUUCUUAAAAGGGAGGUUUGUUCUAAUAGGUUAGGCUCAUCUAUUACUGCUUCUUGCUAAACAGAAUGGUACGGUGUGUACACCCACUUAUGCUGUAUUAUAUCACAGUCAAUGUUCACAUUAGAAAAUGGUCAUUUGUAUUUACUAGGUGAGUAAUUUCUUUCCUCAUGACUUGUACAAAACUGCGUUUGGAUAAAAAAGUUAAAUUAAAUAUGCAGGUUUUGUUGUAAUUAGACUCUAAUCACUCACUGGAUACAUAAGAGAAAACAUGCAAUACGCUUGCUGGGGAGUGUGGUGUUAAAACUGCCUUAUUCUAACAGGAUAGUGUUAUCUGCGUUUCGCAAAGUUGAACUGGUUGGUUUUGGUCAUUGUGUCCUUCCAGAUCUUAGAAUGAACAUAACUCAUCCUCCCAUGUCUUGUUUUUAGUCAGAGGUUGGGAGAGAGAAACACCCUCUUCUGUUUUAUGCUGCCUCCCCCAACUUUGAACUGAACUAAUUUAAUAAGUGAAUUGAAGAAGCUAAUCUUUCUGCCUUUUUAAGAAGGAUUUGUUUGGUACUUGAGUGGAGGCUGAUUCUGUGGACUUAGUGACUUUCUUGAGUUUAGGAACUAUGUUCUUUAAACAUUCUCCAGCAACCAUGUGCUGCCUGGAUAGGGUGUUUGUUUAAAUGAUUGUUUUAGGCUUUAUCAUAAAUUAUCAUUAGCUUAGAAAAUAAACUGAUUGAGUGUAAUCUUGGAAAAUGUGUGUAAGAUCCAUUUAAAGGAAAAUGUUUGGAAUUUAAAUAGUCUAUCUAGGGCCAUUAUGAAAUGAGGGCAAAGAGGUAGGCUUCUGCAACAGCUCCGUGGUGUAUCUCGGUUGCCAGGGGCAUACAUGCUGAAAUAUGCCGGCCCCCAAAGGGCUCCACAUGCCAUGCCACUGAAUUUUCCUGGAGGAUUUGACACAGUCACGCUGUCAGACAUGCACAUGUAGUGGCUUCUUGUGCACCUACCAGCAGGAACCCGCAUGCAAAUGUUUGUGGGGACGUGAGGUUGCACUGGAACAGCCUUUUGAGACUUGUUCUGAUGGUGCUUGCCUUGACAUGCAUUCACCCAUGCACAUCCCAUGCUGUGGCCAGCCCUCCUCGCCAGCAUGCUUUGGCUUGCAUGAGUGCUGCCACCGAGGCAGGGCACCUCACCUGGCUGCACGCUCCGAGUGUAGAAGGAGAAGCUGUCACCUUGUCUUCAAACACCGACUCUGUGAUCCUGGUGGUCUGACUGAUUGCUUCCAUCCGUGGCUGUUGGCUGGAGGAGAGGAAUAAUAUCCUGGUUUCUGGGAAGGGGCCAGGAAGAUGUUCAAAAGGUGGUUUCUGUGUUAACAGCUGCUGAGGGGGACCUGUCCUUGGGCAUCUGCAGGUCUGGGCAGGAAGCCCUGGGGAUAUGAUCUAAGGUAGAUACAGCAUGCAGACAGGUUGCCCUGCUAGACCUUUAAGGAAGGUGUCAGACUCCCUUCCUUAGCAAAGGAAGAGGGAACUUCUGUUGUGAGGAGUGCUUUAAAAUGUAAAAUACUAUAAGUAUAGAUCAUAUACUUGGGUUGAAGGGACCUUAAAGCUCAUCCAGUUCCAACCCCCUGCCACAGUCAGGGACACCUUCCACUAGAGCAGGUUGCUCCAAGCCCCUGUAUCCAAGCUGGCCUUGAACACUGCCAGGGAUGGGGCAGCCACAGCUUCCCUGGGCACCCUGUGCCAGUGCCUCACCACUAAUGUAAUAUAAUGUAGUUUCUGUUCAUAUAGUAUAGCUUCUGUUAUGUAGGUGUGUGUAAGAAGAGGGGACUUGACUUUCUGGGCUAUAUGGGACUGAAGAAAAAGUUUUUCUUGGUCUGCAGAAAGCUCCCAAGUAGCUGGUUGUUUUUCUGGACAUAGGAGUGGAGAAAGCAGAAGCUUUUGCCUGAAGAAAACAUUAAUCUUCUCCCUGUUACCUGUACUUUUAGGGCAUUUUCUAUCAUGCUGCUUUUAAGAAGCAGGCUCUGGGGGUGAAGGCUGAAAUAAAAACAAGAAACUGAAGACUUCGUUCUCCCUUGUAUCGUCUCCAGCUGCUACUCCCUGAUACUUGCUCUGGGUAGUGCCUUCAGCAGUGUCCCAGAAUUGUCAGGCCAUCCCCACCCUUCUCCCUCGAUACAGGGAUCAGAAUAAGAAAUCCAGCCACCUACUGGCUUAGCCCCAUGGCCUGCUCCCACACACUUGUCCACAUGCUCCCGUUUCCAGCAGUGAUCUUGGGUUCACAGUUGUUUUUGAGAAGUCAGGUGAUGGGAGCUCUCUGACAGUGAAGUGUUUGCUUGCUCGCUUCAUGCAGACCCUGCUGAGCAUUGGCCUUUGCAGAACCGCUGGUUCCUGGUUUGUCCAUGGGUCAUGUGUGAUGGCUUCCUUCUCUUCUCCUCAUGGUAGAGUUGCACUGGAGUUGGGAACAGAGUUGGGUCCUUAUAACACGUUGUGACAAACUGACAAUCCGAUGGUUACCUUUUGCUUUUCUCUCUUAGAGCCUCUGCGCUCGAUCCAUUCUCAGCUACAUUAUUUGGGUGAUAGAAAAGCAUUUGCCUGUUAGCAUCUCCAGUCUCUUUGUGCCUUGUUAAGGCUCUUUCUGGAUGGAUGAGGGUAGGGCCUCCUGGGUUUGGAGAUGACCUGUGAGGAGAGUGGUGGCUCUGGUUUCUCAUCUGGUGGGUGUGCUGUGAGUGCAGCCAUUUCACUGGCUGGUGUUUGAGCAGUGGACUCUGCCUGGCUCUGGCCUGUUUUCCAGCUGAGUAUUUGUGGUGAUGUCAGGCAGUGUGAGAAGGGAACAUGACUUGGCAGGACAAAGUCUGCAGAAAGUUCAGCUCCACAUUUGGCCAACAGCCUUGGAGGGAACCAGAUCUACACACACAUAUUCUGCUACACAGCCUGUCACACGCCCUCUCACAUGCUCCCUUCCUGUCACACAGAUCCUCUUUCUCUCAUUUUCAGACCUUUAACCCUUCCCUCCUAACUGCCACCCUAUGGGCUUAUUAAAAAAGGCAAAGAAAAAAAUCCCUCCUUAUUUUGCUGUUAUUGUACCUUGGGUUUAGUUGCAGUGACCCCCAAAGCAGAAAUAGACCAUACAGGCCAGGAUCCAGAAUAGUAAAGGCAAAAUCAGGGCAAGUUUGCUUUGCAACAGAGCUCUUAAUAGUCCUUUAUUCUGACCUGCACCCCUUUGCCAGUCUUCGCUGUGUUUCUUGGCAGCUCUUCUCAUUUCUCUCCUUGCUCUACUGCAGUCUUCUGGCUGAUCUAGGUUUGGGUAUGUACAUCUGCAGAGUGGGAACCCCUGGCUCUCUUCUAAGAGCAGUGUUAGCAAAACCUGUCAAAAUCUGUGCCUGGUAAUGGAUGAGUGGGAAAUAGACUAAUGGUCAAGCUUACCUUGAAGCAAUUUAAAACUCUAUAUCAGUAUCUCUCCGAUGUGUUCUUUGUAUGGGUAUUUCUGUAGUACUGUCACUUCGUACUGACCUCUGUGCUACAUCUAGGGAUGAUAUUUCUAUGAAUGGGAAUUGGUACUUUUCCCCUACUGCCCUUAAGGGAAUCUUAAUGAGUUUCCUGCCUGUUUUGCAAUCCAGUACUGUAUUUCUGUUUUGCCUGUGAGCAGUAGUAUUUGAUUUGUUUUGAUUGAUGCUUUUAGGUGGGAUGGUGCUUGGAUACAAAGUGCUCCGUAGAUACAUUAUAAAAAGGCUGUUUCCCAGAAACAAUCCUGUAUCAGUUAUGAUCAGUUCUGGUGAUGUGCAGCACAUGCUGAUGAAAGUACUCCUGGGGUGGGAGGAAGGGAGGAAAUCACAAAAAUGAACAUCUGUGCUGUAAACAGCCCUCUGCUUUAUUCUGUUCUUUCCUCUUUUGCCUCAGUUCUUCACGCUGUUUUAUUUCAUAGCUGCUAGAGGAUGGAGAAGACCAGUUUGAAAGAGAAGGUAGUCUGGACAAGGGCUAGCAGCUGAGGGCUGUUAAGUUCUCUUUUUGGCUUUUCUGUGGUACAUUUCACAGCUUUACACAUCCUUUGUUAUCUUCCCUGUAAAAUAUUGCAGCUGCUUCUUACUGCUUUUAUCUGUUUUAGCAGUAGUUCUGGCAGUGGAUUGGGCAGCGUUCCUGUUCAGAGGAGUCAACAGCAGUGUGGGAUACUGAUAUUGAAGAGACAACCUGCUGAGGUACUUCCUUUCUGACUUUCAGUGGCAGAGAGAAACUAAAGACCUUGAAGAAAGACCCCUGUGGCCCCUUGCUUGGCAGUAACAAUGCUGCAGCGAUGAGAUUAUCGUGAGCCCUUCCUGUGUGGCCUCCAUGGGUCCCACUCAACUCAGCACACAGGAUCAUGGGAAGAGAGUGGCAAGUGUAUUUGAGAUGGAGGAGGAAGGGCUUUCACUCUUCCCUGGCUCAGAGAACCCCCCUGAGCAAGCAGAAAAUCCCCCCCUGAAGCGGAAGAAGGGCCCAGCCCCUAAGAUGCUGGGCAAUGAAGUGUGCAGCGUGUGUGGGGACAAGGCCUCCGGCUUCCACUACAACGUGCUGAGCUGUGAAGGCUGCAAGGGCUUCUUCCGCCGCAGCGUCAUCAAGGGUGCACAGUACGUCUGCAAGAACGGCGGCAAGUGCGAGAUGGACAUGUACAUGCGGCGCAAGUGCCAGGAGUGCCGGCUGCGCAAGUGCCAGGAGGCGGGAAUGCGGGAGCAGUAUGUUCUGUCUGAAGAACAGAUCCGACUGAAGAAGAUGAAGAAGCAGGAAGAUGAUCAGGCUCGGACAGUGGUGGUGCGUCCAAACCCUCCGAAUCCACCAAGCCCUUCCCACAAACUGACGCCCGAACAGUUGAGCAUGAUAAAGAAGCUUGUGGCCGCUCAGCAGCAGUGCAACCAGCGCUCAUUCACUGACAGGCUCAAAGUGACGCCAUGGCCCCAAAUUCCAGACCCUAAUAACCGUGAAGCAAGGCAGCAGCGUUUUGCUCACUUCACAGAACUUGCAAUUAUCUCUGUGCAAGAGAUUGUGGACUUUGCCAAGCAACUACCUGGCUUCCUGGAGCUCACUAGGGAAGAUCAGAUCGCUUUAUUGAAGACAUCUACCAUAGAGGUGAUGUUGUUGGAGACAUCUCGGCGCUACAAUCCAGAGAUUGAGAGCAUCACCUUUCUUAAGGACCUGAGCUAUAAUCGGGAUGACUUCGCCAAAGCAGGUCUGCAGUUUGAGUUCAUUAACCCCAUCUUUGAGUUCUCAAAGGGAAUGAAUGAGCUACAGCUCAACGACGCCGAAUAUGCACUUUUAAUCGCCAUCAACAUUUUCUCUGCAGACCGACCGAAUGUGCAGGACCAGUCCCUGGUGGAGAGGCUGCAGCACACUUAUGUAGAAGCCCUUCAUUCGUACAUUUGCAUCAACAGACCAAAUGACCGCCUGAUGUUUCCACGGAUGUUAAUGAAGCUGGUCAGUCUUCGGACACUGAGCAGUGUCCACUCUGAACAGGUGUUUGCCCUUCGGCUGCAGGACAAGAAACUCCCUCCCCUGCUCUCAGAAAUCUGGGAUGUGCAUGAGUGACCGCAUGCUCCCAGGACACUGACGUGCUGACAUAAUGCCAUCUCCCAGCCUUUGCUAACGAGAAGCCAGCUUUCCCUCUUCAAAGCACUGAACUCUGGGCUCAGCAGUGCAGGGAGUGAUGAGCCUGGGGUUUCAGUGUUGUCAUGAGACUAUGCAGGAGGCAGCUGGGGUAGAUCAGAUGGGAGGGGUUGGUUUUAAUGUAGUGCCCAUACCCCAAAGGAAUGACACAAAACAUCUGAACACGGUAGAAAUGAAGACCUUCCCCCCACGCAUACACCUCUUCUUUCUGAGUCUUUCUCUUCUCUAAGCAUGUCCUGAGGGUUUGCCCAUUGAUACUCCCCUCUCUCUUGUUGAUUAUGAAAAUGCAUUUGCAGGAACUUGCCAAACCCUCUCUAUUGAGAGUAACCCAGCUCAAAAGGCUUCUGCAGGGUCCCCAGUGUACCUGGAUCUGAGGAGCUCAGGGAAGUCAAUGUGGAUGUUCUAGGGGUUUCACUGGGUUUCCUAUAAAUAAAAUCUCUCGUAUGUGCUGCCCUUUACAAUUCCAAGAGAAGUAGCUUGUUAUUUCUGUAUUAUGAGACUUCAUCUCUAGAGCUGCCCUUUCAUUCUGGCCCUCCUUUGGAAAAAGGAUUCCUCUAAUGUGUAGUGCCCUUCAUCUAACAGGGAGGUCCUCUGGGUAGGGAAUGUUUGUACAUCAGAAGGACGUCAGGCAUAAAGUAGUGGAUUAUUUUUUUACUGUAAUACAUGGCAGUUUAUCUCGUGGUGGUUCUCAGCCAGUUCACUCUACCUUUGAUUUGCUAACAGCUGGAAAACUUUAGUUCAAAACAAAUCAGGGCAUAGAUUCUAUCUUUAGGGGUGGAAUAGAAGAAAGAUAGGUGGGAAGGUACCUAGGCAAGGUAGGUAUGGUGGAAGGAUCUUAGAAACUUCCAAGAAUUUGGAGCAUGUGGUAUGUGUUCCAAGGUAGGUGUGAAGAUGUAUCGGCCAAGGAGAGAGGACACACACUGCAUUUGGUGAAAUAUGUGGGCAUUGCAUAAACUAUGGGCUGCACAACUCCCAAAUCAUGGGCUGCAAGAAUAUUGGUGUAACCAGAUCCAUCUUCUUCCUUUUGCCAAAGUCUUUCCAAGGUACUUGCUCAAGGUUUUAGUGAUGGUUGUGGAACGUGAAGGUCCCUCUUGUAUGAGGAGUGCCAACUGCUUUAGAAGGACACUUGGGUCUUGUAUCCUUUCUUCACUCUGGGCACUGUGAGAUCCACACUGGAUUUAUGCCCCAAGUUCAUAAGUAUCCACAUCCAUAAGUAUUCUAGGAUUUACAGCAAUAUUUUGUUUGCCAGAAGACAAAUAAUACUCUUGUAAAACCUGUUCCUUCUUUUCCAAGAAACAACACCUUGUGGCUGAUCUCAGAGAUGUAACCUUAAGUAUUCUGGUAGCUUGGUCUCAUGAGUCUUCUCUGUGAUAGGGGUCUAUGUUUGCUUGCCCGGUGAGCAUCCCAAGAGCCGAGGUUCACAUGGCUCAUUUUUUGUUUGUUUGUUUGUUUUUUGGUUGGUUUAUUAUUUUUUUUUUUGGCUGUGUAUCUGAGCGCUAUGCCCGUGGUGAGGGUAUCGUGUCCAUUUUGCACUUGAGGUUGGUCCCCUGCCACUGGCCUUCACUCUGCACCUUUGUAAAGCAUUUGUAACAAUCUGUAAAAUAAUCUGUUGUUUUUUAUAACUCAUUGCAAUUGCAAAAAUUCUUGUUUAAAUCUGUAUUUUUAACUAAUCUGUUUGAGAAAUGUUAAUGUUUAUAUAAAAGAAUAAAGCCUAAUACAGGAUUUUGACAUUC